AUGUCCACCGAUUCUACUGUGAAGACUUCCAACUGGAGAUUAGUCGAAGUCGGCCGUGUUGUCUUGGUCACUAAGGGCCAAGCAGCUGGUAAAUUGGCUGCCAUUGUCGAAAUCAUCGAUCAAAAGAAGGUUUUGAUCGACGGUCCACAAUCUGGUGUUCCACGUCAAGCUAUCAACUUGGGUCAAGUUGUCUUGACUCCAUUGACCUUUACUCUACCAAGAGGUGCCAGAACUUCCACUGUCUCCAAGAAGUGGACUUCUGCUAACGUUACUGAGAAAUGGAACGCUACUUCCUGGGCUAAGAAGAUUGCUCAACGUGAAAGACGUUCUGCUUUGUCUGACUUUGAAAGAUUCCAAGUUAUGGUCUUGAGAAAGCAAAAGAGAUACACCGUUAAGAAGGCUCUAGCUAAGGCUUAA